GGCAACAGAUUGGCUAACUGAUUGGAACACUUGAUCAAGCGAUUUAAGACUUUCAGGACUUUGAUAUAACUGUGAAAAUGGAUAAAGAUUCUCAUGAACACUGUGAAAAUUGUUUCAAAUAUAGCUGCAGUACUACCAAGUCGUGCAAGAUGAUGUUUUGUAAGUKUAACUGCGGUGCGCGGUUUCACGAAUGCAAGUCUCAUGAACAUUCACUGCUUUGCGUGAAAGAGACGGUCCCGUGUCCUAGUGCUGUCUAUGGCUGCCCAGUUAAAGUGAAAAGAGCAAAACUAAGUCAACAUCUUGUUGUGUGUCCAGCAAGUAUUGUAUWUUGUACAAUGCAAUGGAAUCGAUACCCUCUCUACUCCAAAUCACGCCUUAGYUGGGUCCCCUUCUUUCAGCCGAAUCCUGUUCUUGUGAAAGGACAUUUAGACGUAGAACUAGCCCUCAGGGAUCAGAGAGUAUUACAGGAAAUGUUUAAGAAGCGGCUUCGGAAAGGAAAAGCAAAAGUUGAUAUUCUAAGAACAAAUUCCACAAGCUGUGAUGUUCAAGAUGGCGRGGAUAUGGACAAGAAUGCAAGACAUGUUGACACGCGUCAAAUCGACAUGGCCGUGGCAUUGUCAGCCUUGGAACACAAGUUGAAGCCCUUAAAAUUCAUCACUGAGGCGCCGGAAGGGAAUUUCAACGCAUUGGCUCAGGCUAUCGGCAUGAAAAUGAAACAAGAAGACAUCAACUUAAAAGAUUUUGAAAGUGAAUCGGAAAUGUUGCGGCCCGAUAGUCCACGUGCUGCGAUCUUGUGUGAAAACAUCAAUUCGACCGCAUCUUGUAUUAAGACCAACACAGACGGAGACCAGCUGCGCGAGCAAAAUUCUAAAUCAGACACUCCUAAUUUAACUGAAGUAGGGGAUAUAUUGCGACAAUGCCUAGAGACCAACAAAGAAGAAAUUAAAGAUAAUACCACAGAUAAUCAUUUGAUUGACAGCACUAAGAAGAUCACAGUGGGUAACAAUAGAGGGUGUUAUUGUAACCAUUCACUAAUCAAUGAAAUGCAAUCAAUCAGCACUCAAGACCAACCAAUAACUACAGACAGCAAAGAAACAUCAGAUUUAGAUCUUGAACUUCCAGAACCUCCAAAGUUCAAAGACAUCUAUUUAAAAGAACCCCUUGGCCUCAACGUGAUGCUAGAAACACUACCAAAGUUUCAAAAACAAGCCCCUUUAUACUCAAUUCCAUGCAAUCAGGUGUUCCGUCGUAAUGAAUAUGGCGAUCACUUUAAGAAUGUUCAUAGUGAAAUUCAUGGUGGGUUAAAUGGUUGGGUUGAGCAUCGUUGCCCUCUUGCUCAGUACGGCUGUACUUACGUWCACCACAGGCUYUUGCCUAACAAUCAGUGUGGGAGAGUGACCUUCAAUAAGGAGCUUGGCAGCUUUGGAGUAAAAUAUUGUGUUCUAAACACAGAYGAUGARCCAGUUAGUAAGGAAUGCAUGCAUCAUAUCACCAUGGAUACAGACCAGGAUUUUUUUAGUAACUUGCCACUUGAAAUCUUGGAAACUAUUGCUGGUAUGCUAGAUGGAUUUAGCUUAUGUCAACUUUCUUGUACCAGUAAGCUAUUGAGGCAAGUGUGUCAGAGAGUUUUGGAGAGAAAUGGGCUUGUAUCUCUUGAAUGGGAAAAAAGAAUUUAUGACAAUGGGACUUGGUCAUGGAAAGUUAGACAAAAGAAAUGGUUUUUCUCAGCUGCUUUUUCUCCCAUUAAAACUUGGGUGCACUCAUCUAGUCCAGGCAUGGCGUCCCACUUGGAAAAAUGUCCCUUCUUUGAGCGUUAUGUACCUACAGACAAGUUCUGUUAUCAAGARGUGGAUAAUGAURUKGAUGGUUGUAAUGACRUGGAUUAUUACGAGCCAAGUGACAAAGAACUGGACAUYGAAAGACAYUGGCAYGAAUUGAGAGAAAUUGCAGGGAUGUAUUGAAUAAAAUGAAACACAUAUUAGAAUGAAUAGAAAAUAGAAAAGAGGAUAAAAGAAUUGUAAAAGAUGAGAAAUGAAACAAGAAAGAAAAGUAACAGGAAUGAGAAAAGAAUGGAAAAUGGGAAAAAGUAAAUGAAAAUGAACAAAUUACUGGAAUAUUAUGAACACAAAUGGAAAAAGAGAUAGAUGAAUGGGAAAAGGGAGAAGUUUUUUUUAGAAGUCAGUUUCCCUUUCACUUGUUCACUAAAUAAAAAUUAUCUUGUAAAAAAGAAAUAUCUUGCUUUAAUUAGGAGUACUGUUUUAUAUAUUAUUAGUUUAUUUAUCUUAUUUAUUACAGCACAGUGAUAUUAUAUUUUGUACAGAUUUACAUGUAGGUCUGUGAUGUUUAAAAAUGUACAAAAAUG